UUCUCAGCAGAAUCCACAACAGAGACGAGAGAAAGAAAGAAAGCGAGAGAGAGAAGGACUUGAGGCUCAGUGUUUGGUUUCAGAGUUUACUCUCUUCAACUCGUAGCCAUUGGACUCUUACUGUUGAUCUUUCAAACUUCCUUCUUCCUGUGAUCAUCACUUCCUCAUCAACGGUCCUGAUUCUCUCUUCUCUCUCUGAUCUUCCUCAAGAUUCUCUCAAGUUCGGUUGUUUACGGAGCCAUUGGUUAUUUCUUCAUGACUUGGAUGUGAAUGAUUGUGAAUUGGUGACUGGCUGGUGGUUCCAUUGAUAGUUUGAUGAUUGAUCGGCACACAUAUAUCUCCCUCUUUCAAUUGGUGUCGGGCUCUGGCACCUGCUUAAGGAGGAAGAAGAAUCUCUACCGUGCCAUCACAGUUCUUGCUGACUUUGAAAACUACAGGUUUUCUGAUGUCUCAGAAUUUUGGAAGUCCUGUUCAGACGCAGAUGGCUGUUUCGGUUUUUAACAGUCCUUGCAAUGUAGAGUACCAUUGGGACUUAAGAGCAAAAUCUGCGGGGACAAGGCGAGUGUUUGUACAGACUGACGAUGGGUGUGUUUUGGGAAUGGAGUUGAAUAGGAAUGACAAUGCUCGCACAGUGAAGAGAAGGCUGCAGCUUGCGCUUAAUGUACCUACUGAUGAGAGCUCCUUGACAUUUGGAGAUCUUACUCUCAAUAAUGACCUUAGCGCCAUUCGAAAUGAUUCUCCUCUUCUUCUGACUAGGAAUGCCAUGCAUCGGAGCUCAUCAACUCCAUGUCUUUCACCUACUGGAAAGGACCAACAACAAAGGGAUCAGAGUGGUCCAAUUGAGAUAUUAGGGAGCUUGAGUUCCUUCCCUAGGACAAAUGAACUUAUUAAGGAAAUUGUUAAGGCUAUCAAGAAUGGUGUUGAUCCCAUCCCUAUCCAUAGUGGGCUUGGCGGUGCUUACUUCUUCAGAAACUGCAAAGGUGACAAUCUUGCUAUUGUUAAGCCAACUGAUGAGGAACCUUUUGCACCAAAUAAUCCAAAAGGCUUUGUAGGGAAAGCUCUUGGGCAGCCAGGCCUGAAAGGAUCAGUGAGAGUUGGUGAAACAGGAUUUCGAGAAGUAGCUGCCUACCUUUUGGACUACAAUCACUUUGCUAAUGUGCCUGCAACUGUUCUUGUGAAAGUUACACACUCUAUUUUUAAUCUUAAUGAUGGUGUAAUGGGAAAUAAGCUUCAGAAGAGGGAGAAAGUUAGCAAGAUUGCAUCUCUUCAGCAGUUCAUGCCUCAUGACUUUGAUGCUGGUGACUAUGGAACCUCAAGCUUUCCUGUUGGUGCAAUACAUAGAAUAGGGAUAUUGGAUAUAAGAAUCUUUAACACUGAUAGGCAUGGUGGAAACCUUUUAGUGAGGAAACUUGACGGUGUUGGGAGAUUUGGAAAAGUGGAGCUCAUUCCAAUUGAUCAUGGCCUUUGCCUGCCAGAGAGCUUGGAAGACCCAUACUUCGAGUGGAUUCAUUGGCCUCAGGCUUCAAUUCCUUUCUCUGAGGAUGAGCUUGAGUAUAUAAAAAAAUUAGAUCCUCUUCACGAUUCUGAGAUGCUACGAAAGGAACUGCCCAUGAUUCGGGAGGGAUGUCUCCGGGUUUUGGUAGUCUGCACUGUAUUCCUUCAGGAAGCAGCUGCUUUUGGACUCUGCCUUUCUGAGAUUGGUGAGAUGAUGAGUAGAGAAUUUAGUUCUGAAGAGGAGGAACCAAGUGAGCUCGAGGUUGUAUGCCUUGAGGCUCGGAGGAUCAUGGCUGAGGGGGAAUUAUCAUUCUCUGGUGAUGAUGGAAGAGAGGAAGAGUGUCUGUUUGAUCUAGAUUGUGAAGAUGCAGAGUUUGAGAAUGGAGACUUUACAUCUAAACUAGAGAAUCUUGAAGAAGAAGAAGUUCUGGUGGAUGAAAAACCAGUUGAGGCAAAAGGAAUCACACAAUGGAACUGGCUUCAAAUAGCCCCCAAGUUGUCCCAGCCUGUGAACAAAGUUAACAUCCGUGAGAGAAGCCCGCCUCACCUUGAUGCAAAAGUAGAAGAAAAUCAACUGAUGGGUUCCUUAUCUGAGAGCGUAAGUAGCGCAAAUGACCGGCUAUCCAGUACCAAAAGUUUUGUGAAGCUUGCUGAUAUGAAGGAAGAAGAAUGGAAUGUGUUUCUUGAAAAGUUUAAGGAGCUUCUUCACCCUGCCUUCACCCAAAGAAGGUGCACAACUAUCGGGUGGAGACAGAGACAGAGGCUUGGAACUUCAUGCAAGUUCUGAAAUUAGUUUAAGCUUUUGUGUUAAGUAAAAAAAACGAGUGAAGAAUAAAAUGUAGUACUAGUUGUUCCAAAAGUAAGGAUUUGUAGGCUUUCUUUGUAGAAUCAUAUUUCCUGGAAGAGGAAUCAAUAGUUAACUGUAGCCUAAAGGUGUAAAUCUUGGGAUCAAAGGUUCAGUAAUCAAAUAAAAAAAUUACAUUCAAGUUCUUUU